AUGCCGCGGUUUCUUGCAGCUACGACACUGCUCCUUGGCGUGGCGAUAGCCUACGAAAGAUUGCGGCCGAUUGAAGUGACAAACAACCACUACAACUCGUUCCCCACAGACCCCUACGUGCCAGAUGAAGCCGGCAAUGGCAUACAUCCAGGUGGCUAUCAACCCUACGAGUCGGCAGAACAGCCACCACCAUUCGAGGUUGAGACCGACGAGCUGCCGCCAAUCGAAGAGGAAAGUUUCCCAUUGCCCAAGAUUCGGCAACGGCCAAAGGUCCGACGCAGCGAUAACCACAUAUUCCGGCGUAUCUCGCAACCCCUGACCCGUGGUUACGGCUCCAACCGCGGUUUCCCGUGGCGGGAGAUCGACGCCGAACGGGGCGAUGAGUAUGAUGCGCCCAGAAGACCAUGGCUGCCGUGGAAACAGCCCAGAGUUUGGAACCCCAGCAGAGCUGCCCUUCUAGGCACACAAGCGAUGCGAAGGCCAAUGAACAGAAGCUAUUUCCCAAGGAUAGCAGCCCCACCGUUCGCCCACAACAUCGCUACUAACAACUGGAACACACCGAAGCGCUUCCUACGAGGCGACUGGAUUCUUGCCAAAUCGAAGGCU